AUGGUCUGCAAGACAAAAAACACACCAGAGUAUCGCUUUGGCGCAGUCAUGUUUGAUCAACUCAACAACCAAAUCACCAGUAUCAAGUGUGACUAUCCAUUCGUAUCACAAUUGUAUGAUGCAAAAGCUGAUGAGAUUACAAUUGACGGUAUAGAAGAUAUACAGCACCAUGAGUUUCCAGUUUAUUGUAGGUUUUUUCUUUAACUUUACGAUGCUUUUCUUUAUAAAUUCUUUAAAAAUAUGUCCUUUAUCCUCCCUUACUCUACAAAGUACGACAAUACUAUUUAUUUUUAAUUAUCAUAAUGUUUAAGGUAUAGCAAGUCUGGCAACAUCACUGAUAAGAAGUGUGUUUCUACCCAAUUUAAAGCUGAUCAUGAACAACAAAACUCAACCAUACACUCAUUAUACAUCAUGCCCCAAUGUCACGUCUUUGCGUUACAACUUUGUUAACUUUUCAAAAAGUUUACAGCUUUUUACCGCGUACACCAACUACUUUUACCAUACUGUACUCACAAUGUUCCCAAAUCUCAAAGACGUUACCUUUAAAGCAACGCUUAGUCCAUGUGGAUUCAACGUCAAUUACCACAACAUGAAACACAUCUUAUCGGCUGCUAAUGAAUACGGUGUGAACACUGUAGUCGAGAUUGUGAAUGAUACUAUCGAUUGCAACGAAAGUUUUAUCCGGAAGUUCAUCGACAAACUUGUAAAGAUUGAGCACUCUAGAGAAAGUGAUGGCCAACAGCAACAAGUGGUUUUAAAAUUGCAAAGAGUUACAGUUACUUUGAAAACAACUACUAAAAUGGAUCAACGGCGCCGCAAGGCUUUGACGGUUUUUUAAAUAAUCGAUUGUAAUAUUUAAAUGCUAAUAAACUCUAGCAUGUCAAAAUUAUUAAUAAUUGUUAAUUUUUAUGUUAUUUUAAUUCUUAUAAGCUAAUCAUGGCACUAAAAACUCAAAAACAAACGUUGAAAACUAAGAACAUUGGUUAAACAAGUUGGUACCGCCACGAAAACUAUUCCGCCAAAUUUUGCCAAAUAAUUUUUCGAAAUGAAAAUUUUGAAGUUUUUACGGCUUUUUAAAACAAAAACUUUGUUUACAGUAAUUUUACGUAAAUAUAAAAAUAUUUUUAUACCAAUAAACUUUAAAUUUUUAGAAUGGGGUUAUUAAAAACCUUAAUUCUUGUUGUUACACUGCUUUUAAUAGGCCUAAAUGGCUUCCGAUUGAAUGUACCUCGCGUUUUGUUGCCAUAUCAUCCGACGAAUCAAGUGACAUUCUUGUUGGAAGUGUCACAUCCUGGUGGAGCUUGCUUUACUUGGUAAGAUUUAUAGUGUUUUAGAUUUCUUUGGCUGUUUUUGAUAAAAACUUCAUUUUAAAUUUGGAAUUUUGACCGGAAUCUUUAUGAAUAUCUUUUCAGGCGGUCUACUCGACCUGAUGUUGCUUCAAUCGAACCAAUUGAUCCGAAAAACAAAGGUUGUUCUGACAAAGCAUUGUUAACAUCCAGGUCCAAGCAUGCUGAUGAACAAAGUACCACCAUUUUUGCUAAGGAUCUCAGUAAGUCUUUGUUUUGUGAUUGAUGUUUAGGCGUGAGUUUGUAGAAGGUUUGGCAGAAGAUUAGGAGUUUUUCCAAGUUUUGGAAGCAUGUGUUUGUUUAAAAACUUUGAGGUACAUUAAAUAUUAAUGUAUAUUAUUCUAGACAGCGGUGUAACCUUGUCCUGCGGAGUUUCUGUUGAUGUUAUUCACUCAAUAAAGGUGGAGACCAUCACAGACUUGCUGUUUUUGGAAGCUCCGCCAGCUAGAAUAACCAUUGACGCCUUCAACAACAAGGGACACGCUUUCUCGGCCCUUGGAGAUAUACCUUUUGACUGGAAUUUCGAAUUUGCUGAUGCUUCUAGAAGAUCAUUGAGGAUUAUUCCUUUUUCACAGAGUAAAUACGAUGCUCCUCUUGGGAUUGAGUAUUUGGAGAAGCAGAAAAAGAAGGGAUUUGUUGUGUUAGUCGAAGGUAUUCAAACUGGAUCAGCUAAAUUGACGGCUAAAUUUAGUGAAAGCGAGUUUAGUGUAAGUUUUUGUGAUUACGUUACAAAUAGUUUGUUUUUUGAGUUCUUAGAUUGAUGAUCACUUAAUCUAUAUUCUUUUAGUACAUUUCACCUCACAGUAUCGAGCUUUACGUGGUUGCCAACUUGUUGUUGAUUCCAUCAGAAGAUCUUUAUGUUACUGUUGGAUCUUUGAUCCCAUACAGCGCUGUAAUUUUGAAAAAUGGAGUUACUGAACGUAAGUUGACUUUUUUUGCAGUUUUUUAUGUUUUUAGGUAGCUAAAGGAUUGGUUGGGCUUUUAAAACAGUAAAAAGUCAUGGAUAAUAUAAAUUUACAUGUAUCAUAUAAGGUUUUACGUAAAUUUUCUUUUUAGCUGUGCCAACGAUCAGUACGAGCUAGCAGUCAGUGAUUCAGAAGUAUGCACGCUAGAUCCAACGACAAACUAUUUGACAGCUAAUAGUAUUGGUAAUGUUGAAGUAACGCUGUUUGAUUCAAGUAAGUCUUUAUUUUGAAGAAAAGCUUGAAUUUCUAUAGGCGAUAUUUUGAACUAAUCUAGCUUAUUUUAUAUAUUUCUACUAAAAAACAAAUCUUCAUAAAGUUUUUUUUUCACCCAAAGCAUUACAUUAACUUACUACAAAAAAAUUUUUAGCUGUUUGUCAAAAAGCCGGCUUCAAACCUCAAAGUGCUCAUGUUUAUGUGGUUGAACCGGACUCAAUUUACUUUUCAAUCAACAGAGGAAACAACUGGGUACUUCAGAAUGGAGUUGUCUAUGAAAUUGAAGUUAGAUUGUUGGAUUUGCAGGGCAAUAACGUCUAUAUUCCUGAGAUAAGUUUUAGAGAUUUUUUUGGAUUUUAAUAUCUUUUAGAGGGUUUUUAGUGGAUUUAUUUUUGUUUUUAAUAGAUUUUGGUUUUUUAAAAGGAGUUUUAAAGCUUUUUUGGAGGUUUUAGGUAAUGGUUAAUAUAAAUUUUUAUUGAAAGUAGGGUUUUUGCUUUGAAACUGUUUUUUGUACUUAAAGUAACGCUUUAAAUUGUAAAAUACGAAUUGUUAAUUGCGAAGUUAUUAAUAAGUUUUGUUAUUGACAAGCUCAUUUCCAGAACGCCAAAUUCGACACAGAUCUCACGGACUACCUAGAAGUUAUCGAAGGAACCCUGAACAACACUCACUUCAAAGUCAGAGCCAAGAAAGUUGGUGCAACUACAAUAAAAUCCCACUUUAUGCAAAUCACAGACAUCAAUGGAUACAUACAAAAAGUGGCAGUGCCAAUUUUCGGCGAACAAAAAGCCGAAAUCUUCGAAGCGGUGGAUGUAACACCAAAGACUUUGAUCUUCCCAUAUCAGCACAAUUCCCAAUACAAGUAUAAACUGAAGGUUUCGGGUGGAUCCGGCAUCUUUGUUUGGUCUAGUGAAGACCCUAGUGUUGGUACAGUGUCAGAUGCUGGUGUGGUACAGAGCGGCGAAAUUGGAGAGACCAUUGUUCAUGUGGCUGAUUAUCGGAAUGAACAACAUAGAGACUCGGCUAAGGUGGAUUUGGAAUAUUGUUUUUAGGGAGGGCAGAGUAAAAAAAAUUUUGUUGUAAAAUUAUUUUUUUCUAUAUCGUGAGGGGUUUUUUUCGGAAAAAAAUUGGGCGGGGUAAAAUAAUUUUUCGGUGGAGGGGGGGGUUUAGCUUUUUUUUGUAAUUGUUUGCUUUUCUGAAGAGUGAGAGAUUUUGUUUGAGAAAAAAUUUUGGGCGGGGUAGAAAUUUUUGGAAGGGGGGAUGGUGAUUUUUUUUUAAUUUAGUAGAGCUAAGAAGUAAGGCAAAAGGUGUGAAUGAGUGAUUUUUAUUUAAAAAAAUUGCUGGUCAGGGCUGGUUUUUUAUUUUGAGGGGUUAAUUUUAAAAAUUUGUAAUUUUAGGUAAUUGUCUUUGAACCAAAAUCCUUGGAAUUUGGCCCAUCAGUCGUGGAAGCUGAAAUUGGCUCAACAUUAACAUUGAACAUCAAAAUGUUGGCCGAUUUGAACGGUGCACCAGUACCAUUCACAGACUGUCGAAACUACGAUUUCAGUGUUCAGAUUGCCAAUCAGAAUGUGUUUACGGUCGAUAAAAGUGAGUGUUUUAUGGGAAAUGAUGAUCAUGACAUAGUUGUGACAUUUUUUUGUGAUUUUUAUGACAUUAUUUUACUUUACUUUACCCACUACAACGUGACUCAAUGAUAAGUUUUAUAAAUUUUGAUGAUAUAUUGAUUUCAAUGUUUAUUUGGGUAACAAAUUUCAGCGAAACCAGCCGAAUUGCCCUCAAAAUGGAGGAUGUUCGAGUAUUACUCUAAUUGCAAAAGGCCUUGGAGACAGUAAAGUUACAGUGUCAUAUGGAAGCCUAAUGGCACUAUUUAAGGCUGAUUUUUAAGACUAAAAUGAUUUUUUGAACGUUUUCUGAAACAAAAGUUCAGUUUUGACGGUUGUAAAAGGUAAAAUACGGUGAGUUGACGAGUUUGCUUUUAGGGUCUUUUGCAUUAUAAAACAAAGUAAAAGUUAAUAAAAAAGAAUCUAGAUUAAGCUAAAAUGAAUAUUUUAGAUCACAGUAGACUCAAAGCUCCUCCUCGGCCUCGGUUCCUCAGCCCCAUUCAAAUUCGAAGGCGGUCCAAGACCAUAUUCGCACGAUCCAAGCAAAUACUACACCAACGUGAACACAGCCAACGAUAGAAUCGGAGAAAUCGUCCAAUCCGGCGAUGCCUACAAUGUGUUAUGCAAGAGUGACAUGGCUGAAACUACAGUAACCGUCAAGGUUGGGAACAGAAAAGCUAAAAAUCUACCAUACCCAGUUCACGCCACAGCUCAAGCUAGACUAUGUUGUUCGGUACCGUCUCGACUGGCAUUGACUCAACAGGCUAAAGGAAGGGCUAGUGGUGGGUGUCAGGCGAAUACGGUGAGUUGAGGUUGUGUUAGAUGGUUAUUCUACUAGGGUAAGGUAGUAUUAGGAUAGACGGGGUUUAUUGUAUAUGUUUGUAGAUUUAAGCUAUUGAAGUUUCAUUUUCUCGGUCUAUGUUAACUUGUUUUAGCACUCGAUGUUCUUCGGCGAACUAACCUACCUCGAACUGACAGCUUUCGGCCAAUGCCCAAGCCAAGGUGAAGAUGCGAUGGAAAGAAAGUUUACCUCAAUCGCUUCAUUAAUUACCGAGUUCAAUGUAAAACAAACUUCAUUGGCUUCAAUCGACCGGUUGGAUAAGAAUCAGAAGUUGGAAAGCAGUAAGUUGGCCUAAAAUGAUUUUUGAUUGGUUUGAGGGUUUAUGAAGCUGGUUUUUGAGGUUAGAUGGUGGAUAACGUGUGUUUUUUUUAUCUAAAAUGAUGUAGGCUGGCUGUUUUGAAUAUAAAGAAAUGGGCAUUAUACGUUUUUUAGUGUAAAAGGAUGGAUAAUAUAACGAUUAUAUACCUAAAUUUUCAGUUUUGGCAGAGCUACAGCCAUCAGGAAAGCCAGGAGUCCUCGACAUCCAAGCCUCGUCACACCAGUUUAACGUAAAAGGAAACAAAAGAUCAAUCGGAAGAACACUAACUGCUAACCUGCUCUUAAACCUAGUAGAUCUAGCCAAACCAAAUCCAUCAUCAAUUGUCAUCUGGAACCAGAAAGGCGCCAGGGCCACGGUAACCCUUCACGGCGGAUCAGGACAAUUCUACAUUGACCACACUCUCAGUGGAACAUACGUAUCAGCCUAUCUUCUGCCCAACAAGGAACGGACUGAAACACAAAUCCAGCUGAGCCCGGUCAGAGAAGGUGUCACCAAGCUGGUAGUUCAAGAUCUCUGCAUCAUUGGCCAUGAAAUUGAAAUUCCGGUGAAAGUGACAGAGAUCAGUAAAAUUGAGAUUAAAGGAAGCGAGUUUGUGGAACUAAAUGGUGAUAUACAUCUGGAUAUCGUCAUAACUGAUGUGGAAGGCAAAGAAUUUGCGUUGGAGGACAUUCAAGAGAUCAAUCUGAACCUAGAGUACAAUGAUCAACUGAUAAUUCUGAAGAAAGAGGGCUUGUUAUCCUACAAAGCUACUGGCCUAAAGAUUGGAGUAACUCGAAUCACGGUGUCAGCCAUAUCAGCUACUACGAAGACGAUUAGAAGCGCACAACAUCAUCUACAGGUUUUUUCACCAUUAGUUUUGGACCCAAAGGAAGUGACGUUGAUUCCAGAAUCAGUGUUUGAACUAGAAGUCUUGGGCGGUCCAAAACCGUUGAGAGAUGUCCACUAUGAGAUGAAUAACACUGCCAUAGCAAAGAUCUCAGAAGGCCUGAUAAGAUCAACUCAAACUCUUGGCUACAGCUCGAUAACAGCCGCGAUUGGAGUGGCUGGACGAAAAGUUACGUCGAAUCAAGUCACGUUAAAGGUGGUAUCACUGGUUGGUGUCAGAAUUGUCGUAUCAUCAUUGUUAGUGGAGACUGGAGAAGUUUUAGAGGCUAGAGUUGAAGGCCUCACAGGAUCAGAUGAACCUCCAUUCUCAUUUGGUGGAGCCGAUUACCCAUUGACCGUAGAAUGGACCCUUUCCAAGCCAGACGCCGAGAUUCUGACCUUUGAAUCCGUGACCAGAAGCCUCUUCAAUCAAAAAUCGGAAAAUCAAUUUGCCACGCAGCUAAGAGCACUAAAACCAGGAGUGGCAGAGCUCGAAGUCAAAGUCACACCACAUUCCAGAGGAUACAAGCAGUUCCAGACCAGGGAUUCACACUUUUCAAGUGCCAUCAGAAUUGAUGUUCAAGAUUCUUUAGCAUUUGUGGCACCGUUCUUGGAAAAACAGCCAACGAUUAGAGUUACACCGUUAACUAGCUUGCCUUUGAGCAUUAAUAGGUAAGGAGGGUGUGGUAUUGAUAGGUUUUUGUUAUUUACGGUAUUAAGGGCGAAGUAAGAGUUUUGUCGUUUUUUAGUAUGGAAGGUAGCGGAAAAUUGCGACAAGACUUUUAUUUGCUCAGGGGUUUUAUUUAAGCGAGAGAUUUUCUAAUUUAAAGAGAAAAAAGGAUUUUGUUUGCUGUUGUUGAACUAUAUUUGAUAAAACUUUUUGGUUUUUAGACCAACCGACCAAACCCAAUACAAGGUCCACCGCGAAUCCGCCCCACUCUUCGAAAUAAAAUCGACCGAAACCUCGGACGGACUGCCGGAAAUCCUCCUGGAAUCGGGCUCACAAGAAGGCGUCGGCGCUCUCCUAGUCCAACACAACAGCUCCGUCUACAACAACAGCCAGUUUGUCACAGUGGAGGUCACAGCAGCCAAAUCAAUUCAUUUGACAGUGGAAGGAAAGACGAAACGAGUCCGUGAAAAUCUGAUGCCAGGCAACUGGAUCACCGUGAAUGUGGGAUUCAGAGACGUGAGAGGACGGGUCUUACAUGCAGCUAAUAACAGAGUGGCAUUCAGGCCUCAUAGGUAGGGUUUUGAGCGGUUUGGGGAUGGUUUUUUAAAAAAAAUUAAAUUUUUCGAACUAAAAAAAUAUUUUUUUUUCAGGUUUGACCUCACAGAGAUUGAAGCCUUGGAAGAUCGCCGCAAACUCAAAAUCUACCUAAAAUACGACGGAGAAACUGUGCUUAAAGUAUGGGACUCGAAAGACUUCCGCAUUGCCACAUAUUUGAGAUUAUCAGUUGCUGAUCUAAGCCCAAAAGAACUAAAAGAUGAGGAAGAUGUAUCAAACAACUUGACCAUUGCCGAAUCUUACGAAAAAGUCAAAGAAACCGCGUAUGAAGCACAACAUGGAAUUGGACUGAUUUUGGGAGAAUUCUUUGAUAACAACCCGGCUACAACGUUGGUCAUGAUGUGGACCUUCUUCUUUGCUACCGUUGGAAUGUUGUGUAGGUUUUUGGUAUAGAAUUUGUAGUAAUAUAAAGGGUUUUUCGAGGUUUUAGGGGUGUUUUUGUAGGUUUGAGGGGUGUUUGCUAAUGAUUGGAAUAGCUAAAAAAAUUUUAGGUUAACUUAAUCAAUUUUAGCUUAGCUAAACAAAUUUUAGUCUAGUACAAGAUUUUCAAAUCAAAGUAUCAAAAAAAAUUAUAAUUUUUUCAUUUUCAGUCUACUACAUGUUCAAUCGCCGCUCACUAACCCCCAGAUACGACAUGAACUCAUCCAGAGUCUAUGCCUACCAAACCUCAGCAGAUGGAUCCCUAGGCUUAUCAGGAGAGCUCUCAGCCUCUCCCCUCUUUCAUUCAACUCCAGGCUCUGAAAAUGGAAAGAAACAACCAACUACAUCGAAGAGGUUCAACACACCCGUUAACAAGGCCUAUGUCAAUCAAAGCUCACCCAAAUUGUCGAAUAACACCGCCGGGUCCAAUCAUGACGAGCUCUUCAACAGCUCACUGAGCCCUAACAAUCGAUUGAAACAGGUCGUCAAUCGGUUUUAUAAUUAA